CAAGCAAUUUCGUGUCAAAACAUGCCGCUUUUCUAGUGUUGUUCUUUCUGCAUUGUGAAAAAUCCGUAAUUUUAUUGGCUCUCAGCGUGAAUAAGUAGUGAAUUACGAUGGCAACCUGCACGGACACCUUCCAGUUCAACUCUGAGGAGAUGUUCAAGCUCCUGCAGCGCUGCCUUCCUGACGAUUUGACGCGCACGCAGAAUCUCAUUGAAGCCUGCGAUGACAUCCUUUUCGCCUGGAAUUCGCAGGACAAUCAUCUCCUGACACUCAACUGGAGGGCGGCGAGGUCCAAGGGAGGCUCCGUGAAGUUCCAAACAUUGAUUCCAUCAGCAAGUUUGCCAUUCACUGUGAACAGGAUUGCGCCAUCGGUGGACGGGAAUUUCGUGGCUGUGAGCGGAAAUCGUGGUGUUGCUCUGCUGGAAUUACCGAGAAGGUGGGGCACAAAUGGACUGUAUCGCGGCGAUGGCAAGGAGAAUAUUAUAUGCAGAAUUCACAUCCUCGACGAUCGUCUCUUCACCAACAAUACGCAUCUGGAAGUGCUGCAGGUCAAGUGGCAUCCCGGAUCGCCGACUGGGAGUCACCUGAUCGUGCUGCUGUCGGACAACUCGCUCAGGGUUUACCACGAGGACAUCCUGAAGCACGUGUGGCGCGUCGGGCCGAUGCCCAGGAUGGGCGUCAGCAACGGAUCCACGCUGCCUUCGCUGUCGGAUCUCGGCGACACGGCCGUGGAUUUCGACAUUGCGCCGCCCAGAGUGUCGCCGCUCGUGCCGCUCGGCGAUGGCACGGCCAGUGAGUCGUCGAUUCUCUCUGUUUCAUCACAAAUGCGACAGAAAGUCGAGUGGCCGAUUGUGAUUUUGCGCGGAAAUGGGAAUAUUUACACACUCUGUGCCGGAUUGAACACUAAAAAGCCAAAACUUCAGGGUCCGCUGACAAUAACGCCGCCGAACAGCGACAAUUACGGCCACAGUUCCUGCUCAGUGCUCAUCAUUCCAUCCCUGCCGCCUUGCGUGGUGAUUUCGGAGUCCAUUGGCAGGAUUCAUCACGCUCUGCUGCUCGAGGUGGACGAAGAGGAAGCGGGACAGGAUGCGUUCGACUUGGUGGACUUGAGCAUCGCUCUGAGUCCGUCUGAGUGGCGUCUUCAGGUGCUGGAGACGGUGGAACUGGAGCUGGGCUUGCCGCAGAACGCCGAGUCGAAGUCACACUUCUGUCCGAUUCAGCUGCGUCGCGACUUGGCCACGGAGUCGCGCUACUUUGCCUAUCACAACACUGGCGUGCACGCGAUCUUCCUGGAGUUCCUGAAGCAGCUGCACGACUUUGCCGAGGCGCCGGACGAGGAGUGCGCGGAGCCGUGCGUGGCGAACGUGAGCCGCGCUGAGUACAUUCUCUGCACGAAGGCGCUGAACGUGAGCCAAGUGAAUCCCGUGCUGGGCUUCACGCUGCUCCAGUCUCCGGCUGGACUGGCGGUGCUGCUGGGCAGUGGCCAAGUGGUGUCGCUGAAUCUCAUCACAGAUCCGAACGUGCUGAUUGACUUGAGUCGCGAGACGAAGCAGAGAAGCGCUCAGAGUGGCGACGCGGUGUCGCCGCAGAAGAAGUACUUUGCGGAUUCCAUUGAGAGCAGAAUUGUGGCGAUCUUGAAGGCGGGACUGUCGCAGCCGCUGCUGAAGCUGAACAAGAGUGCCGAGCCGACGCCGCAGGAGCUGCUGGAGCUGCUGAUGCACGCCACGCAGACGCUGCGCGAGCAGUACUUCCCGCGCCACGAGAAGUGCCGCCAGGAGCUGAAGAAGCGCGUGGAGAUCCUGCAAGUGCUGCACCGGCAGCAGCUGGAGGAGAUCCAGGAGCUGCGCAUGGAGAAGAAGCGCAUCCGCGACAACGCGGAGAAUCUGGCUGGGAAGUAUGAGGACAUGUACGAGCGCCAGCAGAGUCUGUUCAGGAGGGCGCAGGAGGUGGCCAGGCUCGUGACGCUGCUGGCGCCGUCGACGCUGGCGGACGAGAAGGAGUUCGCGCAGCAGGUGGAGCAGAUCAGCGUGGCUACGAAGCAGCUGGCGAAGCAACUGGAGGCGGCCAAGGGGAAGAUGAACAAGAAUCAGCAGCAGAUCGAAGUGUGGGAGAAGCAGAACGACGAGAAGAAGCUCACGCUGCCGCCCAAGAGGGAGGAAGUGCUCAAGAAGAUCCUCGGCGACAUGAAGAGCGAGAUCAACAAUCAGGUCAUGGAGAUCAAGCAGCUCAAUAGGAUGCUCGACAUGUGAGGCGAUCGACGCACUGGUUUUCUUUGAUGUUACGAAAUGUGAAGUUUGGCGGGCGACACGUGAAGAUUCGCCGGAAUAAAUUGGAGUCCGUGAA